AUGUGCUCUGCAGUAUGCAAGACCUACGCCCAGCUAUGCGUAGUUCGAUUCUUCCAGGGCUUCUUUGAGUCAAGUCUCUAUAGCGGCACUAUCUACAUCCUUGGUAGCUGGUACAAGCCCUUGGAAAUUGCCAAGCGAACAGCCAUCUUCACGGCUAUUGGGCAGAUUGGCAGUAUGUUCGCUGGUGUGAUGAUGACCGCGAUGAACGAGAGUCUGCAUGGACAGACUUCGCUUCAAGGAUGGCAAUGGGUAUUCAUUAUCAAUGGUGCAAUGGGAAUCCCCUUCGGCAUCUUUGGACUCAUGUUCUUUCCUAACUUGCCAGAAUCGACAGACGCCCCCUAUCUCAGCAAGGAGGAGAUACAGCUAGCGAUAGACCGCCUGCCACCGAAGAAAGAUUGGAGCCAUGACAUCAGUCUCAAAUCCCUUGUUAAGAGACUGCUAGCCAAACCGGACGUAUACAUAUUCACUCUCUACUCUGUGGUAGCCUGUGCUUUGGAAGCGAUCGUUCUGCAAGGUCUAUUCUUGCUCUGGAUGAAAGCAAACAGCGAGAAGUUCUCUUCGUAUGCCACUACGACCUACCCGUUAGGUAUUCAAGCCGUAUCUAUCGUGUCGAACGUCGGAGCGGGCUACGUAAUCGACAUGACUAAUCGUCGCAUACCCAUGGUCUUACUAGCCGGUGUUUUACAGCUGUUGGUCGCAGUCCUGUUAUUGAUACCCAAUCUUUCGACCGCUGGAACGUUUUUCGCGUUCUACUUGGCCGGUACCUCGUACAUCGUCAACCCCAUUCUGUACGGAUGGGCUAGCGUGAUCUCUCAACGCAGUGGUGAUGACGCUUCUCGGUCGGUCACGCUGUACAUUAUGAGUAUGGUGCAGUCUAUCUUGUACACAUUCUGGGGUAUUGCACUCUACCCAGCAAGCGAUGCGCCGUAUUGGAAGAAGGGGUAUAUCGCGAUGAUCGUUGUCGUCUUUGCUUUCUUUGGAGCGACGGCGGCGGUACAUUGGUUGGAUCAAAGAUCGCAGAAAAUUGAAAGCAACGCCGAUGAAGAGAUAACGCAUAUGAGUGAGAGAAUGAACGACAGAAAUAGAAAGGAUCCAAGAUUGGUAGAUUGA